UGUAGACUUUCUUCAAGCACUUUAACACUUUGUAACGUGCCACUAUGAAUACUUUCCGUUUUGUGGCGACAAAUUAUCGGGCGCUAUUAGGGCGAGAUGGGCCUGGUCUCGCGCUCCGGGUCACGCCCCGUAACAGCAGGAGCUCAGUAUCGGGCCUUUAAAAAGGCUCCCGGCGCGUUAAAAGGGCAGAUUGAGUCGUGCUGUCAAAGCAUCGUGACCCAACGGGAUUUGGUGAUUUCGGACUUAACCCAAGGUUUAUUUUAUCGGAAAUAUGUCUUCCUCAAGUCCCGAUCAGCGCUUGGAUCACCUCCUGAGCGCCGUGGAGAGCGAAUUUCAGAAGGGCAGCGAGAAAGGCGACGCGUCCGAGCGGGAUAUUAAACUUUCCCUUGAAGACGCGGAGUUGUGGACCAAAUUUAAAGAACUUACCAAUGAAAUGAUUGUCACUAAGACUGGAAGGCGAAUGUUUCCCGUGCUCAGAGCCAGUGUCACCGGUCUCGACCCCAACGCAAUGUACUCGGUCCUGCUGGACUUCGUGGCGGCCGAUAAUAACCGGUGGAAAUAUGUGAACGGCGAAUGGGUUCCCGGCGGGAAACCCGAACCUCAGAGUCCGAGCUGCGUCUACAUCCACCCAGACUCACCCAACUUCGGCGCGCACUGGAUGAAAGCUCCCGUCUCUUUCAGCAAAGUCAAACUCUCCAAUAAACUCAAUGGAGGAGGACAGAUUAUGUUGAACUCUUUGCACAAAUACGAACCCAGAAUUCACAUAGUGAAAGUCGGUGGGAUUCAGAAAAUGAUCAGCAGUCAGUCUUUUCCUGAGACCCAGUUUAUUGCAGUCACAGCUUAUCAGAAUGAAGAGAUCACAGCUCUGAAGAUUAAGCACAAUCCAUUUGCCAAAGCAUUCCUAGAUGCCAAAGAAAGAAGUGACCACAAGGAAGUCCCAGACCACAGCACUGACAAUCAGCAAUCUGGAUACUCACAACUUGGUGGCUGGUUCCUGCCCAGUAACGGCCCUAUGGGCCCCAGCAGCAGCCCUCCUCAGUUCAGUGGGGCUCCUGUUCACUCCUCCGGCUCAUACUGUGAGAGAUACUCCAGCCUGAGGAACCACAGAGCCGCUCCGUAUCCCAGCCAUUACCCCCACCGCAGCACUACCACCAAUAACUACAUGGACAACUCUUCAGGAAGUCUUGCUUCUCACGAUAGCUGGUCAGCCCUGCAGAUACCCAACUCCAGUGGCAUGGGCACCCUGGCCCACACCACCAACACUACCUCAAACACCAGCCAGUACCCAAGCUUGUGGUCCGUUGCGGGGACGACCCUCACCCCGUCGGGCUCAGCAUCGGGGUCCAUCACGGGCGGCCUGACGUCUCAGUUCCUGCGCGGUUCUUCGGUGUCCUACUCUGGGCUGACCUCUUCUCUGCCCGUGUCUUCUCCCUCCUCUAUGUAUGAUCCAGGCCUGAGCGAGGUUGGCGUGGGAGAUGCCCAGUUUGAGAGCUCCAUCGCCAGGCUUACAGCAUCCUGGGCGCCUGUGGCACAGAGCUACUGAGUUCCAGAUGAAGCGCCUGCUUUAAUUCCAACUGAGACUCUGUGACUGAUGGUGCAGUAUGGGACUUGAUCUGAGGUCAAGAUCCUACAAAGGCUGGCCUACUUCCAGAGGGAACGUAGAAGAGCUUCUCGCCGUUUCGACAAUCAGAAAACGGGUCUAUUUUUAAAAAAAAUCACGUGUGUAUGAUAUUGUGGCAUGCGAUAACACAAUCAAUAUCUGAUAAGAGACAAUCGCUUAAUCAUAGAGUAUCUAUAUUUACAAAAACCAUCAUCUGCCAAAAAAUGGGGCCAAUUAUGGUGUUUAUUCUUAAUAAUAUUAUCUAAAAGAUUAAUAAGACCAAAUCGUGCUGUUGACUCACUAAAAUGUAUAUGUGUGUAAAUAAAUAGAAAUUAACGACCAUUUUCAUUGUAUUACAGUAUGUAACUGUAACAGUCUGACCUGUGCUUUCUGUACAACAAGAGAAAGGCAGAAUUUGCUGUUUAGUUUAAAAUGGUGAAAAUGGUUUAAAAAAAAAGUGACCCUGUAGUUAUGUCUGCAAUCCGUCCUAUAGAGAAAUCAUUUGUACAUAUCUAUCUAUUUGUAUUUGUUGGACUCUUUGUGAGUUUUAUUUAUGUCAUUUUAAUAAUAAAUUAAAUUUCUUUUUUUUCCCCUGUCAAA